CCUGCUCAAUAUAUCUUACGUCAGAUUUGCUGCCUCUUUUGGAGGCGUCGUUGUGUGCAGGGUUGAUUGGACUCGCGUCUGCUUUUUUCAAUGUUCGUCACAUUUUGGGAAAAAGUCUCUUUCUGUUCAUUUCAUGACCAUUCUCCUGUCAGUCUGAUCCAGAAAGUCAACGACAGAUCGACCUGACUGUCUCGCUCUUCCUCUGUGUUCUGCGAUUGAUAGAUAAACGCCUCGACACGCUCGCUGGACGAAACGGACGAGAUUUUUGACCAUUACAACGAGACGACCUCUUAGACAUUUCUGGCGCGACGACCGACCGCCAUCAUUUGUCUUUCUUGCAUCAACGAAAUCCGCUGUGUCUGAUUCCUUGUCACCUCGCCUUGCACCUCGCUAUCCACCAUGCUCCUCACCGAACUCAUCCUGUCCAAGCGUGGACCCCUGGCCAAAGUCUGGUUAUCAGCCCAUCAAGAACGUAAACUGAGCAAGCAACAAGCCCUCGGUGUAGACGUGGAGGAAUCGUGUGAUGCCAUCCUUGAACAAGACGAAGGACCCACAACACUCAGAUUAUCAGGUCAAUUAAUGCUGGGGGUGACGAGGAUCUAUUCGCGAAAAGUUCAAUACCUGUUGGAUGAUUGUAAAGAGACGCGGGAGAAGAUUUCAAUAGCCUUCCGACCUGGUAUUGUUGAUCUGCCCGAGGACCAGAUCCGAGCCAACAAGAAUGCCAUCACGUUCUCUGAUCUGCCAACAGAUUUCAACGUCAUGGACUGGAACUGGACAGCGCCAAACGUCGACCUCCCCGCACCUCCUCUGCCCAACUUGCGCCCAACCACUCGCGAAUUCGGAGCCUACAACUUUGGGCGACCCAGAGCUCCCUCCAUCUACGGUGGAUCCCAGUCAUCUCGACACGCCUCGCACGACGGGGAGACUUCGUCUCACAUUGAUUCAGGCGACUUCUCAGGCGUGGACUUGGGACUUCAAUUGGACGAUAUGGACGUGUCGAUGGAGCAAGGAAGACACGUCAGCGUUGAGCCGAGCCAACGAGCGUUCUCGAAAGAACCAUCCAUGCGAGGAAGUCGCCUCGGAUCUGUCGGUCUGCAGGGUAUGGACGACUCGUUUGGACCCGUCGACUUGGAUCUCAACUUUGGAGAUGACUCGCUUGAACUACCGAGACUCGAAGAACGAUCUCGUAGGGAAUCCUCCGCCCUUUCUACUCCUCCACCUGCUUCUCCAUCUCAAGCACAGCUCGAUGUGACGCCUCGUACCGCUGCUCGAGUACAGAAAGAUGCUGCACCCAAACCCAAGCGAGCUCGGUUCUUAACGGCCGAUCAAGAGCUCGAAUUGCCCGAAGAUGCAUUUGCCCUCCCUGGUGAAGAUUCCGACAUUUUGACGACUGAACGAUUCAUCGCAUCGGACCUCGACUCUAUCAGAUACGCCGAGAUGAUCUCAAGACCUGACGACUAUUUUUUGCCAAAGAUCUUGGUCGACAAUGUCCCAAUGAUCUACGCCGGACCACCAGGCCUUGCUCCGGAUCUCGCUUCCCUCUUCACGUUCCCCGCCAAUAUCCUUCGCCGGAAUCGUGAGGAGGAGACAACGGACCCAAGUGCGAACAAGCGACCACGACUCGAGCAAGAUGUCGAGGCUGCGCGACGAGACUCUCUUCGCCUAUCUGAACAAGCGUUUGACGUCGGGCCAAGUGGUUUCGAGGAUCAUACAAUGGACAUAGGAGGAGGGGAGAUGGAUCUUGGUGCAUUCGAUCAAGUGGAGGUACGAACGCCUCCGCGUGGUCAAUCGCUCGCCCCGUCUCGAGCCGAGAGUUUAGCUCGAGAGAUCCAAUUUGGUGAUUCUGGGGAUUAUCCUUUGGCUAUGUUCGCCUCCUCUUCACGUACAGAGUCGCAAAGCAUCCCCGACACGCCGACAAAGAGCGUUGUGGGCGCACCCAGGGAUGACGGAAACCGAGGUGUAUCCAGGAAUACAGGCAUGGCCAUGGGACUACUGAGGCGUGAGCUCGAGGCGAUCGAAGCAGAGGACGAGGAGCCAAAAGUGGUCAACUUCAAGGAGAUCGCCCAAGGGGCGAAUCGACGCGCCGCUUCUGCAUUCUUCUUUGAGCUCUUGGUCCUCGGGACGAAAGAUAUGAUUCAGCUCAAGCAACCGAAGCCAUUCGGCGAUAUCAAUGUCAAGGCGAAGGAGGGUCUAUGGGAAGGGAGUGGAAGUGCAGGUAUCGUCGCUUGAGAAGGGUGGACAGUUGUGGUCGAUCUCACCGAGGCUCGAAAGGGGAAAGAAAGGAAGCCUCGAAGUCUUUGUCUUCAUAUUUAAUACGAUCGAGUGUGCGUGUGAUGUCUUUUUGACGACGAGCUUGAACAGUGUGACUCUGUGUGUGCACCAUCUUGCUCUGUUUCUCUUGUUCUUGUCUAUGCAUGUUGACCAUGUAACGAA